AUGGUUUCGGCAAGAACCACAACCGUGCUAAUGUCGGCUUUUUCCACCACUUGUUUCUUUAUGAUUUCAACUAUUCUGCCGAUGUUUUUUAUACGAAUGCAGAGGGCCAAUACGUUGAUGUUUACGCAAAUACACAAAUGUCAUCAAGACUCCAAUGAUAUUUGGCGGCAGCUUACGCAGUCGAAAUUGCUAGGAAGAACACGACGACAGUAUCAGACUGGAGGAUAUGAAGCUUCGGGACCACCAGCUCCGAGUGGAUCGUGUAGAGCAGGUCGAGUUGGCAGUGACGGUCGUAAUGGUCACAAUGGUCGUUAUGUAAAAUCUGCAGCUAGCGCCGAACCCCCAUGUCAGAAAUGCCCAAUGGCUCCGCCAGGCCCUCCUGGACAUCCUGGACAUAAGGGACCACGCGGACGAGCUGGAACCCCUGGUAAAAAUGGUACACCCGGAACCCCCGGACGCCCAGGGCCACGUGGUCCCUCAGGCGUACGUGGAGCACCGGGUGAACCAGGCAUGCAAGGGCCACCUGGCGAUUCUGGGAAAGUUCUAAAUGCUGCGCCGCAGGGACCACCGGGAAGGCCUGGACCAAUAGGACCACGAGGAAAGCCAGGAACAGCUGGACCGUGA